AUGGAUCCGUACAGACCAGUUCAUUAUGCACCGUAUCGACCAUACGCGCCACAAAGUGGACCGACUUACGUACCCGCUUCUAGGCCAGGCUACUUACCUAACGUUCAGCCGGCUCGGCCAAAUUAUCUAGGCCAGAGACCCGGGUAUGGACCUUUGCCCAUCGGCGGUGCUCAGGGUAUAGUCGCGUCUGGCUCAGAAGUUGAAAAGCUAACUACACUUUUCAUUGGGGGGAUAUCACCGGGAGUGACAGACGACUGGAUGGAAAGGAUUCUUAAGACAUGCGGCUCAUUAAAAUCUUGGAAACGUGUUAAAGAUCAAUCUGGAAACCCUAAAGGGUUUGGUUUCGCUGAAUAUUUAGAUGCAGAUAGUGUUCUUCGCGCGUUGCGAGUGUUGGGUGGUGAAGGGCCUGGUGAUGACAAAAAAGACAAGGGCGUUGUGCUACCCGCCUUAGAAGAGGGGGCUAUGGGAAAAAAACUAAUAGUUAAAGCAGACGAAACUACCAGAAAAUAUCUUGAUCAAUAUGAAGCAUCAAGACCAAGAACUGUGCAUGAUACUGAACUCGAUAAAAAUGCCCUCUUGUCUGUCAUAACUGUUGUACAAAAUAUGACCAAGCCUCAAGAAUCUAGAGACCAUUUAAUGCCUCAUGAUAAUAGGUCUGGAAUCCGAAAAUCUCCAAAUGAACAUAUCGAUCAUAUGGAAAAAGACGAAGAUACUGAUCUACCUGCUGAUCUCCCCCCUGAACAAAAAGAUCUAAUAUACCGAGAAAUCGCGUUUUUCCGAGAGCCUAAGGAACGAUCUCAUAGAAGAGAAAGCAGAGAACGGCAACAAUACGGACAUUAUCAUCAACCUGUCAAUUUUGUUCCUGCUAGAGAAUCUAGACGAGAGUCUUAUGCCUUGGAUGAUGAAGAUGAAGAGCAAAAACAAACCAUGGCAACAAAUCGUGAACGUGAAUUAGAACGAGAAAUAGACGCAAGAGAAAAGCAAAUACGUGAUCGUGAAUUAAUGGCAAGAAAAUUGGCGGAGUGGGAUGAUGAUGUUGAGGCCGAAAGAGGACAAGAAGAUUACUAUCGAGAUCGAAACCGAUGGUGGUUCCAUAGACAGCAAUUUCGAGCACGCGAAAUGGCAAUGGAUGAACAAGAUAAACUUCGAGAGCAACAAGAGAUUGAGACAGAAUUACGCCAGCAGGAAUUGGAAAAGACGCUUGAAGAAGAGAAAAAACAACGUUCUGAAACCACAGAGACUGAAUUGAAUGAGGAGAAAGAGUUAGCACCUUUUACGACUAAUGGAUCUUCGCAAAAUAGUACAAAUAUCAAAGCAAAACUUACAUUAAAUAUUGCUUCAAAACGGCAGUAUAGUGAUGAUGAAGAUGAUGAAAAGAGAACUGAAGACAGGAAAAGAAGAAUUAAAGAUUUAGUGGAAACUAUUCCAACAGACAAAGAAGGUUUAUGGAAAUGGAAUGUAAAGUGGGAAGAAUUAGAUGAAAAUAUUCUUAAUAAUAAAUUACGAUCUUUCGUCAGUAAGAAGAUAGUGGGAUAUCUUGGAGUUCAAGAAGAUGAACUAGUUUCUUUCGUAAUGGAUCAUUUGCGCAAUAAUAAAUCCGCAGCACAAUUAACUAAAGAAAUGGAAAUGACAUUAGACGAAGAAUCCGAACUUUUUGUAAUGAAGUUAUGGCGUAUGCUUAUUUAUGAAACCGAAAGCAAAGCCAGAAAAUUAUGA